AGGAAGAAGGGCUGUCAGACCACUCCCCACUCCUCAUGAGGGAAAUUCACUCUGGAAAGGGUAACUUCCCCUUUAAAUUCUGCAAUAUGUGGCUCUUAGAUCCUAUCUUUCCUACACUAAUUAAGACUGUUUGGCAACAAAGGAGGGAGGGGAGAUAUAUGCAUCAGUUAGUCUGCAAACUAAAGGACCUGAAACCAGAUUUGAGGAGAUUGAACAAGGAUAAAUUCUCACACAUUUAUCAGCAAUGCAAUCUACUAAGGGAACAACUUUUCCAGAUCCAAGAGGCUAUCAAGGGGAAUGCAGGGAGUGAGCUGAUUACUAAAGAACUAGAAACUAUUAAAGAAUUGAACUGGAGGUUGAAGGCUGCCAGACUAAUGAAGCUCCAGCAAGUUAAACAAGAAUGGGUCCAAGAGGGGGACACAGAUUCCAGAUUAUUUCAUGCUUGGGUUAAAAAAAGGAGACUCAAAAAUCAUAUUAGCUUUAUCCACAACUCAUCAGGACAAGUGGUUGAAAAGAAAUCUGAAAUUGCACAAGUAGUGGUGGACUACUUCCAGAAAAUGAUUGGGGUUACUGAGUGGACAAAGGAUAUUCAAAAUAACAUUAUUGGGGAGGGGAGAGUUCUGUCAGUGGAACAACAAAUCCAACUCAUAGCACCUAUUUCAGCUGAAGAUGUAAAGAAGCAUUUAUUUGACAUCCCUCCAUGUAAAAGUCCUGGGCCUGAUGGCUUUAAUAGUGGCUUCUUUAAGCACCAAUGGCACCUGGUUGGAGAUCUUGUUACUAAAGCUGUAUUGGAAUUUUUUAAGGAUGGUGUAACCCUCCAGCAAAUUAACCAUACCAAUAUAUGGCUAAUCCCUAAGGCUGAACCUCAGUCUAUUGAGUGUAUUCUGGAUAGCCUUAAAGAAUUUAAGGAAACAACUGGCCUGAUGCUUAAUUAUGACAAAAUUUUCCUUCUCCCUGAUAAUGUUAUGAAGAAGAUAAUGGCUUUAUGUAGGAACUUCCUUUGGAGUUCUACCCCUGAUUAUAAAAAAUGUCCCCUCGUUAGUUGGGAUGAAGUCUGUUUGCCUAAACAAGAAGGUGGGCUAGGUUUGAAAAAUUUGCUGAAAUGGAACCAGGCAUGUCUCAUGAAGCUUUUAUGGGAUAUUGCCAAUAAAAAAGAUACCAUAUGGGUUAAAUGGAUCCACAAUAAGUAUCUUAAGGGAUCAUCUGUGUGGGACUACACUACUAAACCCGAUGACUGUUAUUACUGGAAGAAGUUGGUUCAAACAAGGUGCCUGUUUAUGGGAAUGAAUAUGACCAGCUGCUACACUGUCAAGGAGGGAUAUAAUUGGCUUGUAGGCAGCAACCCAAAAGUGGAGUGGUUUGAUAUGGUUUGGAACAAAUGGUCUAUACCUAAACACUGCUUCAUAACUUGGCUUAUAUGGAGAGGUAGAUUACUCACCAAGGAUCGUUUAAGCAGAUUCAUCAAUCUGGAUACUACUUGUGGUCUUUGCAACAAUGGAGUGGAAUCAGUCGAUCAUCUCUUCUGCUCCUGUGCUUUGGCUCGACUGAUCUUGGAAAACAUUUCUCAAUGGAUACAUGUUGAUAUCGCAGCUGGGUCGAUUAGAGAACUGGGAAGUAGAGUGGGGAAAGGAAAGAACAGAAAGAGUCGAAGAACUAUAGCUACUUGUAUUGCUGCGAGUUGCUACUUCAUCUGGAAAGCUAGGAAUGGCAAACUUCACAAUAAUAGGGAAGCUGCCAAGGAGCACAUUGUACAAGGAAUUAAAGCUGCAGUUACCAUGGCAAUAGGGCACAAAGUUAACAUCAAUUCUGUUGCCUUAUAAUUUGUCUUUUGGAUAUUGCUUGAUUAGGUAGUUUGGAGUUGAAAUUUAGAGGGGACCUGAUUUGUAAUGUUUGGUUGGUAUUAAUAUAAUGUGCUUUCGUUC